UCUGCUCGGCUCAGCUCUCCCUUGACGUAGGUCAGGCCAAAGCUCGCCUCUAUCAAAAAUAAAAGUUCCAUUUUUAUACAGCCGGCUUUUGAGGGAGCAGACACUCGAGAAGAAACGAAGACUCAACAAGAGACAGAGAGAGAGAGAGAGAUUUAUUUUUAUUAAAGAGAAUCGAAGCGACCCAUGGGUCUCUGAUCUGAUCACUGCAGAUGCUUCAAUCAACGACACCGAAAAUGCUCCACUGGUCGCUGAUCGUCAGCGCCCUGGGCGUCUGCGUGGCGGUCCUGGGUGGCUACUGCGGAUGGUCUCUGUUUCCCAAUAUGGUCCACAAAAAGGUAGAACAGAGUGUCAUUUUAGCCGAUGGCUCGGAACAGUACAAACGCUUUGUGAAUCUGCCGCAGCCACUGAACUUCAAGGUCUACAUAUUCAAUGUGACAAAUCCCGAUAUGAUACAGCACGGUGCCAUACCCAUAGUCGAGGAAAUCGGACCCUAUGUCUACAAGCAGUUCCGCCACAAGAAGGUGAAGCACUUCUCACGCGACGGCUCCAAGAUAACCUACGUGCAGAAUGUCCAUUUCGACUUCGAUGCGGAUGCCUCGGCGCCAUACACCCAAGACGAUCGCAUUGUGGCCCUCAAUAUGCACAUGAAUGCAUUUUUACAAGUGUUUGAGAGAGAAAUCACAGAUAUCUUUCAGGGGUUCGCCAAUAGGCUGAACUCCCGCCUGAAUCGCACGCCCGGCGUGCGUAUCCUGAAACGUCUAAUGGAACGUAUUCGAGGGAAACCGCCCUUUAGCUGGGUUCACGGCAUCUUGAUCAGCAUUAUUGACGAUGUGAAAUCCGUUUUGCAAAUCUCUGAGAACGAUCCGGGACUGGCGCUGCUCCUGGUACACUUAAAUGCCAAUCUGAAGGCCGUUUUCAAUGAUCCUCGGUCCAUGUUCGUGCACACCUCCGCGAGGGAGUAUCUCUUCGAUGGAGUGCGCUUCUGCAUCAAUCCGCAGGGCAUUGCCAAGGCCAUCUGCAACCAGAUCAAGGAGAGCGGCUCCAAGACCAUACGAGAGCAGAGCGACGGCAGCCUCGCCUUCUCCUUCUUCGGUCAUAAGAACGGCUCUGGUCACGAUGUCUAUGAGGUGCACACGGGCAAGGGAGAUGCCAUGAAGGUGCUGGAGAUCCAGAAGCUCGAUGAUUCGCACAAUCUGCAGGUCUGGCUGAAUGCCAGCACCGAGGGCGAGACGUCCGUUUGCAAUCAGAUAAAUGGCACCGAUGCCUCCUCCUAUCCGCCGUUCCGGCAGCGCGGCGACUCCAUGUACAUCUUCAGUGCGGACAUCUGUCGGUCCGUGCAGCUCUUCUACCAGGCGGACAUCCAGUACGAGGGCAUUCCCGGAUACCGCUACUCCAUUGGCGAGAACUUCAUCAACGACAUCGGGCCCGAGCACGACAACGAGUGCUUCUGCGUGGACAAGCUGGCGAAUGUGAUCAAGCGAAAGAACGGUUGCCUCUACGCGGGCGCCUUGGAUCUGACAACCUGUUUGGAUGCCCCUGUUAUACUGACGCUGCCGCAUAUGCUGGGUGCCUCGAACGAGUACAGAAAAAUGAUUCGUGGCCUGAAGCCAGAUGCCAAAAAGCACCAGACCUUUGUCGAUGUGCAGUCGCUGACGGGCACGCCCUUGCGCGGCGGCAAGCGGGUUCAGUUCAACAUGUUCCUCAAGAGCAUCAACCGCAUAGGCAUUACCGAGAACCUCACCACAGUCCUCAUGCCGGCCGUUUGGGUGGAAGAGGGCAUCCAACUCAAUGGGGAAAUGGUGGCCUUCUUCAAGAAGAAACUAAUCAACACACUCAAAACGCUCAACAUCGUCCACUGGGCGGCUCUCUGCGGGGGCGUAGGCGUGGCCCUCAUCAGCCUGCUCUACUAUCUCUACCAGAAAGGACGUGGCGAGGAGCCUCCUCUCAAAUAGAGAUAAUGGCUGCUGAAGGGAGAUGGUAGAGCUGGCUAGAGCUGCUGGAGCUACUAGAGCUCCUAGAGCUGCUGGACCUGCUACUUGUUAUUAAAUGCUUGUAAAGAUAUGUAUCUAUGUUGUGCUACCCUUUGUUUACGAAUUUGUAUAUAAUUUAUUUGUUAAAUGUGAUUCUAUUGUAUUGUGAUUUAGCCUACUAAAAACCUACCAUAAACUAAAAAUGUU